AUGUGUCAUAUGAGCUACAACAGAGUUAGCAAUGGAAGCAACAAAGGUUUCAGAUUAAACCUAAGAAAGUUUUAUGUCCUAAGGCUACGCAAACGGUUCAGUUUCUUUCUUAGGAUCUUUAACAAUUUGAAACUAUCAUAUGGUGAUACUCUUCAAAUGUUGAAGAGACUGUUUUGUAGAAAAAGUGGGUUCAGAAGGAACAACAGUUGUAGGAGAAGUUUGGUUAGAGAUGAAGAAAUUAACGGUCAUCAAGAUUAUUGGAAGACGAGAUCAUCUUAUGUUAGGUCCAAUUCUUUCUAUGCUGAAGCCAUUGAAGAUUGCUUGGAGUUCAUCAAAAGAACUUCUGUUUCUUCUAGAGAUCAAAUUCAAAAUCCUAUCACUCAGAUUCAUCAUACAAAUUCUUGA